GUGCGGGUGGGGCGGGGACGGCCGGCUGCGGCCGGAGUCGGUGGUAGCGAGCCGGGCGUGGGCGCAGGGGCCGCGGCGGGCGGCGGCGGUAGCGCCCAGCGAGUCCCCGGCCGGCCGCGGAGCGCGCAGCGUGAAGGCAGUAGGCGGGCGGCGGUAGCGGGGUCCACACCCCUUCGUCCCCCGAACCCCCUGCGAGUCGGGCCUCGGGGUGAAGAGCCAGCGAGCCUCUGGUUACAGCCCGAAGGCGAGCCCCCGGGAGGCGGGAGUGACCGAAAUCCGGGAGUCUGCGGGAGGCGGCGGCGCCCCCAGCGGCAGGAAACCCGGGUUCUCUCGGCGUGGAUCCCUUUUCCCUUUUUAAAAAAUCGAGGGACGUACACCCAGUGCCCGCCCCCCCCCGCCCCCCCCCCCCCGGUUCCCCGCUCCUGGCUCUUCGGACGCUUAACGGGACUUGAGUAGCCGCGUCUGCUAGGCGCCCCUCUUGGCAGCCCCAAACCAAAAGCAACGGAGGGGUCCCUGAGUUUUGUUUAUCGGGAUCCUUUGGUGAUGACUUUGCUUUCAUGAGCAUCGUCACCUACAAAAAUCUGCUUUGUAUUCUAGUCGUUGCUAUAGAAGAAAGUUGGACCGACAAAAGGUUGUUGGAGAAUCCUGCCCGUGUAACUGUCCUUAAAGUUCUGCAUACUUUACUCCCGGACACUCCGUAACCUUGUCGGUGAUUUUAAAACGACCUCGUUUUGUAGUUAGAAGCCUAUUUUCUGUUGUAUGAGGUUAAGUGCAAACCUUAGGGCAUCUGGUGGACCAGGGUUAAGCUGAGAAUUUUUUUUUUUAAGAUUUUAUUUAUUUAUUCAUGACAGAGAGAGAGAGACAGGCAGAGGGAGAAGCAGGCUCCAUGCAGGAAGCCCAUCGCGGGACUCGAUCCCGGGUCUCCAGGAUCAGCCCCUGGGCCGAAGGCAGCACUAAACCGCAGAGCCACCUGGGCUGCCCAUAAGCUGAGAAUUUUUAAGACUCAGUGUUGGCAGUACUAAAUUUUGCAAGGCUUUGACAUUUCAAUUCUUUUUUUUUUUUUUUUUUUUUUUACAUUUCAAUUCUAAUAAUAACCCUGUGGGGGACAUUGCCCAUUCCUCAGAACUUGGAGCUGGAUGACUUGCCCAGGGCCACAGAUACAGAAGGAGAACAGGAACACCAACUCACAUCUUCAUGAGAGAAUUUUUUGCCCUAAAUAAGAGUUGCCUAAGAAGCUAUAUUCCUUAUAUACCCUGAGCUUCAUUAUGUGUUUUCUUGAGAACUUUUGUUUGAGAUUAUUAAUUUUGGAGGAUGAAUUCUGGAAAUUAUUUCACAAGGAUGAAUAUUAUUAAUAUCUUAUGAAAUGAGAAUAACUUGAUACAGUUUUUCUUUAAAGCAUAAAAGAUGACAACAGCAGCUAGGCCAACUUUUGAACCUGCAAGAGGUGGGAGAGGAAAAGGAGAAGGUGAUUUGAGCCAACUCUCAAAGCAGUAUUCAAGUAGAGACCUACCUUCUCAUACAAAGAUAAAAUAUAGACAGACAACUCAGGAUGCCCCUGAAGAGGUUCGCAACCGUGACUUCAGGAGGGAGCUGGAAGAGAGAGAGAGAGCUGCUGCAAGAGAAAAAAACAGAGACCGUCCAACAAGAGAACAUACAACCUCCUCGUCGGUGUCAAAGAAGCCUCGGUUAGACCAGAUUCCUGCUGCCAACCUUGAUGCAGAUGAUCCUCUAACAGAUGAGGAAGACGAGGAUGAAGAUUUUGAAGAGGAGAGUGAUGAUGAUGACACUGCAGCUCUUCUUGCAGAACUAGAAAAAAUUAAAAAAGAAAGAGCUGAAGAGCAGGCCAGGAAGACAUUUAGUCAUUGUCCACUAAGUGGCAGAAGAAUUAAAGAUGAAUACGAUACAAUCAUGGUCUACAAAGAACCCAUGGAUAGAAUGAAGCCAUCUUUAUCUAUUUGUCUCCUGCUUCCAGCCUUCUUUCCAGGCAUUCGUUGAUGCAGUCUGUCAAUAGAUUUUAUAUAACCUAGGGCAAUUUACCUAACUUCUCUGGGUCUCCAUAGUCUCUCCAUGUGUAUAAUGGAAGAAAAAAAAUGUCUGUCUCAUAAAGAGUUACAAGGAUUACAUAGAAUUCACAGUAUAUACCUUUAAAACUUCAGAUGAAUUUGCCAUAGUAGUAACAAUAAGAGAUGAAAAGGUGAGCAAGAGCAGGUCAGAAAACUAGAGGUUCAUUAGCCAAUGCUAAAGGAGUUUGGACUUUGUCUUAUUCUUUUUUCUUUUUCUUUUUUUUUUUAAGAUUUUUAUUUAUUUAUUCAUGAGAGAGGCAGAGACAUAGGUAGAGGGAGAAGCAGGCUCCCUGCAGGAAGCCUGAUACAGGACUCGAUCCCAGGACCCCAAGAUCACGACCUGAGUGGAAGGUAGACAGCCCCUGAGCCACCGAGGUGCCCCCUGGACUCUGUCUUGAAGGCCAUGAAGAGCUAGUUGAUUUUAGCAGGAGACAAGAUUUGAUAUGCAUUUUAUUUUUUUAUUAUGAAAUAUUUCAGUAACAGAAAAAUAUAAAUAAUGAAUUUAAUAGUCAUCUACUUGGAUAUGCAUUUUAGAAGGAUAGCCCUUGCAGAAGUAUAGAGGAUUAGGAAAACUGAUUGAGGAAGCUGUUCCCAGUAAUCCUCACAUGCAAUUAAGAUAAUUUUGCAUAAUAGAAUUGGAAUUGAGAGAAGUAAAUAGAUGCUGAGAGAGUUGUCAAGGAGGUAAAAUUGACCAGUUAAAGUGACUGGUUAGCUAUGGCAACAAAGAUGACCCUCAGUUCCUGGGUAAAUGUUGACAUUAACUAAUACAAGGGAUGGCAGAAGGAUGCACAUGUUUAGGUGGAGAGAAAAGAGAUGAUGAGCUCUGGAACGUGUUGAAUUUGACACAUUAUGAGAUACUUAGAUGGAGAUGUCUGUCUCCACUUUCAAACAGAACAGCUCAGCUUUUUUUUAUGAGCUUCUGUGUAAAUUUUCAUUUGAACCAAGAAUUACUCUGUUUAAAGAGGGGGGAAAGACUGACAUGGGUUCAUGUGAGGAAUCCAGAGAAGUAGAAGAUUGCUGGAAUUCAAAUUGGAGGAAUAUUUUAUUUAUUUAUUUUUCAAAGAAUUUAUCCAUUCAUGAGAGAAACAGAGAGAGAGGCAGAAACACAGGCAGAGGGAGAAGCAGGCUCCACACAGGGAGCCCGAUGUGGGACUCCCAUCCUAGGUCUCCAGGCUCACGCCCUGGGCUGAUGCGGCGCCAAACCGCUGAGCCACCCAGGCUGCCCAAGAAGAAUAUUUUAAAUACAAUUUCCAUCAAAGUUUGGCAUUGGAUAGCGUAAUUCCCAUAAUAGCUUAUAAUUGUCAUAUUUAAUUUUUAAAAACCAAAGAAUUAUAAGAACUUUCCUGAUAGUAGAUAUUACUUGCCCACCACUAGAGGGCAGUUGUAUUCCAUAUUCUUUUGACUUGCCUAACAGCUCUGGAUACAUAGAGACAAGAAAUAUAGGUGCAUUUGGUUGACCCUUAAAAAAGAUAAAUAUUUUAGACAGAAGGUCUUGGAAUUUUGUAAGAUUCCUCUACUCUCUUUGUACAAAAAUAUAGUGGUGUUCCUAGGGGUUGAAGGACAGUUUUACUUUUGUUCCUGUUUCCCUGGCUGGUUUUCUAGCGGCUGAUUUUUGAAGUGUCCCAAAAUAACAUUUUCAAACCAGUUAGCCUGUGUCAGGGGCUAGGAAGCUUUCUGUAAAGGGCCAGAUGGUAAAUAUUUCAGGAUAUUUCUAGCUUGCAGACCAUGCAAUCUCUAGUGUGGUUCUUUAGUUCUGCUCACUGAAGUGUGGAAGCAGCUAUAGACAAUGCAGAAAUGAAUGAGUUUACUGUGUUCCAGUAAAAUUUUGUUAACAACAAUGGGGUGGUUUGGAUUUCAUCUGCAGGCUGAUUAUAGCCUGUGUUUGUGAACCAUAAUGUUUCUGGGACUUGAAUAUGGAAAGAGUUGGCACCUUUUUUUUCCAGUGGUUUAUGUGGCAGCCAGCCAGGACUCUAAAGGAAGUAAUAUUCCAAAUAUAAAAUGGCCAGAACUUUAUUAUAUCACAUACAUUAUUACAAGAUGGAUACGUUGUAUGUUUGAGCUCUUAUUUUUUUAGAAUCUCAGAGAAAUGUCUUUUCACUUUCAAUAUCAAUAUAAUUUGCAAAAAAAUACAUUGUUUUUAGAAAGCUAUCUGUUCUUAAUCUGUGAUGGAACACAUGUGCCUGAUUUUGUUUGCUUAAGGUCUGAGUAGUGACCUAAAGGAAUUUACCUGUUUAUUUCCCUGAUCAUUGCAUCUUCUCACUUUCCAGUCAUUUGGCCUCUUAAAAAUGAAAUCUGUUCACAUUUGAAUAUUAAAAUGAAACAUCAUUAACCUGUAUGGAAAAUUUUAAACUUUCUUAGGCUCUGUUUUUUUUCUUUAAGAUUUACUUAUUUGAGAGAGUGUGUGUGUGAGCAGGGGAUGGAGAGAAGCCCAAGCAGAUUUCCCUCUGAGGGUGGGGCCUGAUGCAGGGCUAGAUUUCACUGCCCUGAGAUCAUGACCUGAGCUGAAAUCAAGAGUCAGAUGCUUAACCAACUUAGCUACCCAGAUGCCCCUGUUAGGUUCGUUUUAAAUUGGAAGUCCCUGGGGUUGCAUGGGUGGCUCAGUCAGGUAAGCAUCUACCUUCAAUUCCGGUCAUGAGGCUAGGGUCCUGGGAUCAAGCCCCAUGUGAGGCUCCUGGCUCAGCGGGAAGCCUGCUUCUCCCACUCCCUGCUGCUUUGUACACAUGCUCUCUCUCUCAAAUAAAUAAAAUCUUUAAAAAAAAUAAAUUGAAGGUCUCUUUUUCCUUGAUCUAUUAAGUCAUCAGUUUUCCCCUUCCUAAAAUACAAUAAAGUGGGAUUUAUUUUUGGUUUAAGAGAGCCUGAACAGGUAGAUCUAGCAGUUGUUAUGGCUAAGAAUUGUAGGCAUUUUAUAUUUCUAAUUCUAAGAAUGAACCUGAGGCUGAUUUGAGUUUAAAGAAAUUAAUGCUAAAUUAAAAGUAAAGAAAGACAAGCUCAUAACUGAUGAAGGAUGAGAGGUAUGAAAAUGGAAAGUUAGUAACAAAUCAUAAGAACAAAAUGGAUAAACGUGGGGUAGAUUAGUAGAAAUGCAUAUUAACUGAAUAUAAUAUUUUACAUGCUAGUUUUAGCUACUUAUGGGCUAAUAAUAACUUAUCACUAGUCCUGGAAGUACAAAUUUACACUGUUAAUAAUUCAAAAUGAAAUUCUUUUUAAUCAUAGUCCUAUAUAGCCCAUCUUUAAAAAUCAAAGUAAUAGCUUUGCUAAAUGUGUUUCUUUGAUGUUUAACAUAUCCUUAAAUGACUAGAAUGUAUUAUAGAUGGACUCUUAAAAUAAGCAACUAAUUUUGGAUGUACUUCAAGAAAGAAAACAUUUAAAUAGGCAUUCAUAGAAUUUCAGAGUCAGACUAAUGAAUGUAGACAAGCAUGAACUAUUUAUUAUAAGGCCAAAUUAUUUUGGUAAGUGAAACUUUUCUGGUAUUUCUUAUAUCUUAAAAAACAAAACAAUAAACAACCUACCUUGAUGCUUAUUCCUUCUCCAUCAUAAAAUCCUAACAAUCUUUUAAAAUUUGAGUUAUGAAAGAAGAUUGACCCCAGAAUUAAUGUAAGUAAAUGAGUCCUCCUCUGUCAUUGACAGGAACAAGAACAGAAAGCUGAAGAAGAAAGAAUACGUAUGGAAAACAUUUUGAGUGGAAACCCUCUCCUUAAUCUCACUGGUCCAUCCCAGCCUCAGGCCAACUUCAAAGUUAAAAGAAG